CGUACCGCACCCAUCAUUGCGACGAUUGCCGUUCCCUGCGCUGCUUCCAUUACGUUGUGAAGAAGUAUUCCUCGGUUCCAUAUCCCGAUCAUGCCGCCGCGCCUAAGAGUUCCAUCGAACGCACUACGGCCGUCGUCAGGAGCACAGUAUGUCUGCUGGCAGUGCAGAAGACAUGCAUCACUGGCUGCUGCUGCUGCGACAACACCAGCGCCGCCCAUCGACCGGAUGACGAAGCCUGCCAGACCAGUCGCCAGAUAUCCCGCGACGCAACCUCCAUCCUACAAGCCCCCAGAGUUCCGCAAGACUCAGCUUCAUCGGCAGUAUCAGUCAUUACUGCGCGCAUCGCCCCUGAUGCUGAUCUUCCAGCAUAACAAUCUGAAAGCGACAGAAUUCAUGAGCAUACGAAGAGAGCUCGCGCAGGCAUUGAGAAAAGUCGAUGAGGAAUUGGCUAGGAAUGGAAAUAAUGAUUACAUGGGAGAUCAGGUCAAGCUGUCAGUGGUGCAGACUGGCAUUUUUGCGUCAGCUUUGAAGGUCGUCGAGUUCUGGGAUCCUAAAUUCGAGUUAGAGGUGGAAGGAGCGCGCGGCAGCAAAGGGAAACCAUUGAAGCAGGUACACGGCCUCUCCAAAGAAGCAUGGAUGACAGCAAAGAUGGCCAAGACGAAGCACGGUCUGGAGGCACUGCUGUCAGGCCCGCUGUGUGUUUUAUCAGUCCCCACCGUCUCACCACAGCAUCUCAAGGCAGCUCUUACCAUACUGGCCCCAAGCAGUGACUUCCCGGCGCCGAAGCGGAAGUCGAACCCCAGCUACCACGAGCCUGCCGUGCAAAGUGGCCUGCAAAAGCUCAUGCUUCUCGGAGCACGGAUCGAGGGCGAGGCGAUGGACACAGAAGGUGCGAGAUGGGUUGGUAGCAUUGAAGGUGGUCUGGAAGGACUUCGCGGACAGCUUGUGGCCAUGUUGCAAGGUAUUGGUGCGGGUGUUACAAAUUCACUAACAGCUGCAUCUACCAACCUUUACUUGACCAUGGAAGGCAGGAAGAUGAUGAUGGAAGAGGAAGGCAAGAGUGAUACAUCGACUGAGCAGGCAUAA